GGAUGCCCACUGUCAUGUUCCAAAAUAAGGUUUAAAGGCGACACCUAAGGAGACUAGAUGGAGGGUAUUUAAACCCACCAGAUGCAAACCAUAAAUCUUUGCCGCCACCUGAGGCACACAUAACUUGUUAAUCCGGAGACAUAGAACACUUCUCUUUUCCCCCCCAGUGGCAGCUGUGAAUCUUAUUGUGGGUGACAAAAGCAGCUUCCAUGUCUGCCUCAAAGUCAAAGGUUCUGGGUUUGAAUAUCUGCUUUCAGGGGAGUUUGACUCUCUGUGCUAUUUGCGGAUAAUCUGGAUUGAUUAAAAUUGUCUAGAGUUGUGAACGUGUGCGCGAAUGCUUGGAUAUUAUGGAAUACUUUCUGUAGCGAUACUAUACACAAAGUGAACUCCGGGAGGUAGUCACUGGGAUACUAAUUCUCUUCCCAGGCACUGAUGUGGAAUGUGGCAUGUCAACAAUAGUCCAUCUCUAAUUGAUUUGUCUGGUAUUGCCGAGUCUGUUUUUAGACAGCUUGAUAUUGUGCCACUGAGCUCAAGUAGAUUACACAUCACACAUGCACGUUUGACUGGGUGCUUGUUUGUGGCGGGCGGGAGAUCUGUCACCAAAAUGAGCCCAUCUGGAAUUCAACUGAUCCAGGAUGGGUUUCAGAUGUGGUUACAUUUGCCCAGAAGCCCAAACCAAUGAAAGGAAAUAAAAAAACAAAAAACUCCACAAAGAACUCCACAACAAGUUCGGAACACCGUGAACCACUGAAAUCAGAUUGCCGCUCGAGCAGCCCGGCUGAAUGAAAACACUGGUUCUGUUCACGUGGUUGAAUGGUCACAGUGAAACGGUCCAAGAUGAACCACUCCUCUGCCCCCAGCUCCGCUUUCUUGACGUCUGCGAAUCGCAGAGCGCUAGUGGGCGUGAGCUUUACUAUGCGUCGGCGCUCUUAGGGCGCAUGCGAAAUGAGGCCCGAAUGGGGAAAGCUUUGGACUCAGAUCUCAGGCAGCUGCUUUGAUUAAACUACUACACAGGAAGGCGGCGAGAAGAAGAAGAAAAAAGAGGGUGAGGGGGUGCAGGGAGCGAGGCUACCAUCCACCCCCUCAACUACAACACUCUAAACAGAAGGCAAGCGCAUGGAAAUUGCGGAUUUGCCGACAUUUUUCCAGCUCGCCGUGGAAACCUUCUGUUUGUGAAUUUCAGUUGUCAAAAGGGCACUUGAGGCCCUUGCCACCAGCCUGUUCACACUGACCCCUGAGGUCUUUUGCGAGCCAGUCGGUGUGAAGCUCUGAGGAGGGGGGAGGAGGGAAGUUAGUGGGAGGCCACCGUGGGGCUCUUCCAGAAGGAGUCGGAGCAGUCGCCGUCUGAGAGAGGAGGAGGAGGAGGAGAUGGCCACCGGAGAUAUCACCACGCUUCCCUCCACGCCUGAAGACGGUAGUGGUGGCUUUCCGCCCGGAACCUUCAAGGAACCCAAAAGGCUAUACUGUAAGAAUGGGGGCUUCUUCUUGCGGAUCAAAUCAGAUGGGGGAGUGGACGGAAUCCGGGAGAAGAGCGAUCCCCACAUUACGCUUCAGCUGCAGGCCACAUCGGUCGGCGAGGUGGUCAUCAAGGGCGUUUGUGCCAACCGCUACCUGGCCAUGAACAGAGACGGACGACUGUUUGGAGCGAGACGAGCGACCGAGGAAUGUUAUUUUUUGGAGCGGCUGGAGAGCAACAACUACAACACGUACCGCUCCAGGAAGUACCCCGGCAUGUAUGUGGCGCUGAAGCGGACCGGCCAGUACAAAUCUGGAAGCAAAACUGGACCGGGUCAGAAAGCCAUCCUCUUCCUCCCGAUGUCUGCCAAGAGCUAAGAUGGGACAAAUUAC